UAAUAAUGUCGAUGUCAAUCAUAAUUCUUCGUGAUAUCAGAGACGCGCGUCAUUUCACCUGCUCGUCUCGCGCUCCUGAAUCCUGUUCAUGCAGGGGCGCGUGGAGGGACAGAAAGGCUUCACGUGACAUAUAUAAGACAUCAGCAGCGCGAAUUAACGCAAGCUGUAAUGUAAUAUGAAGUAAACUUAUUUUCUUUGGCUCAUAAAAGAUCAUUCAGCGGAUUCAUACUAUCAAUUCGCGUGAAGAUGAAGGAUCCCCCUCCCGCCCGCAGCUGAUGGUUCGCGCCGCGCUGCAGAUCUAUCUCGAGUUUAAAUCGGAAGUGCCGCGAGCGCGCUGACAGUCGCGUUGUAGUUACAUUAUCAAACGUGACGCCGCAGCUGAUAAAGUGGAGCGAUACCGCGCCGCUGGUGGAGCGAUACCGCGGUGGAGUGAUACCGCCGGUGGCAUCGCUGCUUUAAUCAAAUCGUGCGUCGCGUGGCAAAGGACAUGAGGAUGCGUUUUUCUGCUUUGACGCACGCAAUUAAACGUUUGUCUGUUCGUCUCGUUGACGUUUGAGAGCAUCUGAAUGUCUCGCGCAGCGCACAGUUUCAGGAUUAUGACUCAUGUCAGACUCACACACGGACUAACAUCUGCGUAAGAUCAUCGACCUCAAUCAAUGUACAUGCAUGUGAUUUAUUGAACCUCUGCUGUUGGUAGAAAUAAAAGUCUUUUCGCUUGCGUUGAUUUCAUUUCCUAUCACAGGACGGACAGGUGCACACAGACAGGUGUUUCAGUGACUUCUGUGAUUCAGUGAACAUGAAGGAGGUGUGUCGCAUCUGUGCUCGUGAGCUGUGUGGUAACCAGAGGCGAUGGAUCUUUCAUCCGGCUUCCAAACUAAACCUGCAGGUGCUCCUGUCCUAUGCGCUUUGCUGCGACAUGCAGCGAGACGGCCGCUGCGAAUUCAUCUGCAGCAAGUGCUCUUUCAUGCUGGAGCGCAUGUACCGCUUUGACACGGUUAUCGCCCGUGUGGAGGCGCUGUCCAUUGAGCGGCUGCACAGACUCCUGCAGGAGAAAGAGCGUCUGCGCCAGUGCAUUAGCAUGCUUUAUCGCAAAAACAAUCCCUAUAUGACUGAUGGGACGGCGAGGCGCACGCCGGACGAUGCAAAGUACAGUGAUCUUCUGCAGGAUGACCUGGUGUUCUCCAUGUACGAGUCGUGGGUGGACAACGAGGACCAGACGCCCGAGUGCAUCCACGUUUCUCAGUGUACAACAUCAUACGUGUCCUCCGCAUGCCACCGUUCACGAAGGUGCAGAGUUUGCAAAGCAUUGCGCGUUGCCGACUCAGACUAUGAGGCUGUGUGUAAGCUGCCCAGGAAGGUGGCGAGGAGCAUGUCCUGCGGCCCGUCCACACGUUACUCAACAAGCCGCAUGGCAAUCGUGUGUGGCGAGGAGCAGGUGCUGGAACGAGAGAGGCAGCAUGCGAUAUCACGCUCAUCUGAAGGUGAUGGGACACACAGAGGCCACCAGAGCUCCGCCGCAUCGUUGGAAUCUCUGAAUGAUUCGCCACCACAACGUCUCCAGGAGGAUGAAGAAAUGGGCAGGGAAGAGGAAAACAAGCCAAACUCAGACUCUGAGGAUCAGGACGAGGCUGAUGGUCGUACGACAAAGCUUGCGCUGGUGUUGUCUCUAGUUGGGACAUUCGCUCACAGACCGCUGCGGAGCCCUCGUGGCAGUAAGCUCCCUGUGUUGAUAAAGACCGGGUUCUUUCAUGAAGGAACUCCGCAGGACGGCUCAGAUCAGACCUUCAGAAGCCUGUUUGUUGACAGAGACGGUCUGCUCGUAGAACCUAAUCUGUCGCGGAUUCCACCGGAUACAGGGUCAGAACUGGCCCGGAAUGAGGAGCUGUGGCACGAUGAGUACAUGACCUUGUGUGUCCGCAAAUUUCCAAAGAGUCUGAUGGAGGAGCAGCAGUCGCAGUUGAAUCAGUACGAAUGUGCUGCUGGUCAGUGUGUCGGUGAACUGCAGAAAGCGCAGCUGCAGGUUCAAUCGCUGCAGAUGAAGAUCCAUGAAAGUGAGGAUGACAACAAGAAGCUGCAAGAGAAACUGUGUGAACUGGAAACAGAGCUGCGGUCCAUCAGACACACCGUACAGAACCAAGAGAGAACCCUCCAGAACCUCACAGACACCUUGACUACUAAAGACUCUGAGACUCAGGAGCUGCGUCAAGUUAUUGAAGGUCAGAACAGAACAUUGAGUCAACUCAGAGAAACCCAUCACAGCCACAUGAACCAGGCUCCAGACGGCUCAGUGGACUCAGUUGUGUUGUUGCAGAGUUCUCUGUUGUCGUGUCAGAUGGAGUUGGAACGGUGUCAGCGUGAACACAAACUGACAGAGAGAAGCAUGGAGGAUGUGAGACGCUCUGGAGACCGACUGCAGGACCACCUGCAUGAGACCCUACAGCACAGAGAGACAACAGAACAACACAAUCAGGAGCUGCGUGAGACGCUGACACGACUGCGGUCUGAGCUUCAGGUGAAAACACGUGAGCUGAAAGAUCUUGAGAUGAACACACGAUCAGAGAUCACCAACAGAGACAAAACCAUCACACAACUCCAGCAGCGCUUGCAUCACAAACACGCUCUGCUGCAGGAGUAUUCAGAUCUGCUGGAGCGCUCGCCUGACUCCUCUCAAACACAGAAGAGAGACGCAUUACUGGACACGCUGAAGAGUCGCAUUAGAGACAGAGACCGAGCGCUAGAGGGAUCAAUCGAUGAGAAGUUUCGCUGUCUGGAUGAAAAAGACGCUGAGGUGCGUCGACUGCAGCAGGCCAUCCGUGAGAAAGAUGGAGAUCUGGACAGACUGAACACCAUCCUGAAUAACAACAACGACACCAUCACGAGUUUAGAGAAUCUGGUGCGGAGUAAAGACUUGGAUCUGGAGAGGACUCAUGACUCCUGUCAGAAACUCAAGUGCUUGAAACAGAAGAGUGACGAGAAACACCUGAGCGCUAUACAAGAGCGAGACAACAUCAUUCAUCAACUGCACACAGCUCUACACACACACAACACACACACAGAGGAACUGAGGUCAAUGUUGUUAAAGGAGGUGUCGUGCGGUCCUGCUGAUGUCGUACACAAGCUUCAGUCUCACCUGUCUGUGAAAGAGCGUCUGUUACAGGAAGUGAUGUCACAGCACAGCAGACAGCUGCAGGAACACCACAGACACAUCACAGAGCUGUUAGACACCAUCAGCACCAGAGAUCAACACACACAGGAUUAUAUGGUGCAGUCAGGGCAGGUGAUAUCUGAGCGUUUGGCUCAGGUGCAGGAGUUGCGCCGGCAGCUGUUGUCAUGGGAACAGAAGCUGAAUGAGGUGAACAGAGAGAGAGAAAGAGAUGCAGCUGUUCCGGCGGUCAGAGAGCUACAGACCCUCAGCAGUCUUCUUAAAGAGAAAGACACUUUCAUACAGGAGCUGCUGCAGGUUCAGGAUCAGGUGAUGUUGAGCUCCACACCAGCAGAUGCAGUACAGGGUGUGUGUGCAAGCGGCAGAGAUGAUCCUGACAUACAAACUGUUCAAGAGGAAUUACAGCUAACUCUGAGGAAACACAAGCAGACUGAGAUGGAAGUGUUAGAGUUGCGUGGUGCGCUGGAGGCUGCUCAUGACGGCUCACGGUUGUCAGAUUAUCAGUAUUUCCUACAGCAGCUUGUGUCAGAACAGAAGAUCCUGAACGAAUCUCUGAGGUCUGAGACGAAGCUCUAUCAGAACCUCAGACACAUCCAGACUCAGAGAGACAGCGGCGGUGAGAAGAGCGAUGCUGCGCUACACGCUGAACUAAACUCACUUCAGACACUGCGAGGACAGCUGGAAGAAGUUCUGGCGAGGACCCGAGCAAUGUCUGUGGCUCUGGAGCGGGCCGCUCUCACACAGAUGGAUUAUGGAGAAUCCAGCAGUGACGAGGAUGAUGAAGAACACGAGAGCAGCAGCGAGGCUCUUACAGACAGCAUGGAGGAUGAGGACGAUGAUGAGGAGAUCAGAGUUACAGCUCACAGUCUGAGGGAUUCACAGAACACUGGGAUGUCUAACGGACGGAUGAACAUGAGAAUAUUGUCCCGCAAUACGAAAGUAGGGGAGCGAUGUGAUGUAGAGGUGACGGGCCGGACCGAGCAAACUCGCAGCAGAAAAACUCUUCCUAGUCUGCAUGAAAAGAAAGCAGCGCUCCAUCAGAGUGAAACUGGAUCACAGUUGAGAUGUGAAUCAGAAUCUGCGUCCGACUUUGGAUUAAAAGCAGCUGAUGAGGUAUCUGUGAAGUGUGGAUUGUUGGAGAAGCGUGAGCUCCAGACAGGUGAUCACGAGGAAGAGGAGAAAAAUGAUGAUGAAGAUGUUCGGGCCCCUCAAGGCAAGCGUGGGCCCCCCUGUGUUAAGUCGAGGGAGGGGAGGUGGAAGAGGAGGUGCACCAGACCGCAAUCUCUGGACCUCGGAGCACUGCCGUCACACAAACCCGCAGCCCAUCACACAAUUCAGGAAAUAGAGGUGAUGCGUGACUGUGAGGGAUCAAGUAAUAGAAGAAGUGAUGCCAUUGGGUUGUGGCAACAUGUGGAGGCGGGGCUUCGGGAGCAGGCGGAGCAACUCCGUAAUGACCUCGCUGUGAGUCAUCAGCAGAGCUGCGAGCUGCAGGAGAGACUGAUGGUGUCAGAGGCCACGGUGCAUGCGCUAAAUGACCAACUGAAAGACUACAGAGAACUCCUCACGGAAAGUGCCGUUCAGAGGGACAGUAAACAAGUUCAGGUGGAUCUUCAGGAUUUGGGUUAUGAGACGAGUGGCAGAAGUGAGAAUGAAGCUGAGAGAGAGAACGCCAGCAGCCCGGAAGUGGAUGAGUUGGAGACAUGCGUCUCUCUCUCGGGUGCGGUGAGCAGACGCGGGGGUUGGCACGGCGGCGGUACUCAGGUGGACGACCCCUCUUCUCUGAAGUGUUUGGUGCAGGACCUGCGUGCUCAGCUAUCUCGCUGCCACAAAGUCAUUGGCGGCCUGCAGCUGCGUGUACGCUCGCUCUCCGCCACCUCAGACUACGGGUCUAGUUUGGAGCGCACGCCGCGUAAGCAGGUGAACUGGGAGUUUCAGAGUGCUGGAGAUGAAGAUGAGGGCUGGCAGUCGGACGCGGGGCCGAUGAAACCCAGCAAAGAACUUCAGCAGCUGGUGAGUCGUGUGGCCCUGCUGGAGACCCAAAUGAAAAAGUCCAAGCUGGAGGGAAAGAGCGGCCCAGAGGAGGGUAAAUGUGCCACCUGGCCUGGGAAGUACAAUACGCUGAUCCAGGCACAAGCGAGGGAACUGUCCCAUCUGCGGCAGAGGAUGAAAGAGGGGCGGAGCAUCUGUCACAUCCUCACGCAUCAUCUGAGCGACACCACCAAAGCCUUUGAAGAGCUGCUGCGUGCCAAUGACAUCGAUUAUUACAUGGGCCAAAGCUUUCGAGAGCAGCUUUCCCAGAGUUCCUCGCUCGCUCAGAGAGUCAGCAGCAAGAUGAGCGGACGUUCUGAGCAGCAGGAAGAGGAUAAAACGCGUCACGAGCGUCUGGCGCACAGGUUGAAUAAAGACCUUCAACGGAAAGAUCAAAUCCACACCAAACUUCGGCCUGACACGCCCUGCAGCAGCCACGCCCCUUUUGAGACUACAGACCAAUCAGAUCACACUUCAUUUGUCUCUGAUGACAGAAUGUCCACCAAUGAGGAUUUAGAUGUGUGUUCAGACUUGGAUGUGGCCAUUGACUUUGCACAAGAAGACAGAGGUUUGUUUUUUGAUGCCUUGUCCAACUCCAAGCCUCUCAGUCAAAACCAGUCCUGGUCUGCCAACCUGACCUUUGACCCCAGCUCAUGCCAAGCUCUAGACUGCAGGAUUGCGAACGGUCACAGGCCACCAAUGAGAACUUUCAGCACCCCUCAUUCACUCUCCAGCUAUCAGCUCACGGCACACACACCGCAUUCCUUCAAUGACACACCCGUAUCCCAUCAUGCACCAGGACACAGCGCACACCCCUCACACACAAGCCUAAUGGAGAGCAGUGCAUUGUGCGGGAUGGCAAAUAUUCAAAGUUUUGAUGGGUCAUCUUAUUUCCUGUCUGGAAACAGCCAAUCAGGUGUGGAUGUGAUUGAAGAACACCUGAGAGAGGUUAGAUCUCUACGUCAGCGCCUGGAAGAUUCCAUCAGAACCAAUGAGAGACUGAGACAACAGUUACAGGGACGUCUGUCCACAACUGCACGAGAGACAGCGGCACCUACAAACAUCUACAUCCAGACACAUGACACAGUCAUUGAACUAACCAAUGAGAUUACAGCUCUGAAGGAGGAAAAUCAAGCACUGUUGUCCAGAUUACAAACCAGCACAGAGAGCAGUGAAGAGGCGGAGCAACUUCGAGAGGCUGUCCUUUCAUGCCGUGUUCGUUUGAAGCAGGCUGAGUUAGAGGCAGAGAGAUGGAAGGAGGAGUUAAGACGGCUGCAGACACACAACUGUAGUCAAAGUCAACAAAUUCACCAGCUGCGACAGGACAGACAGAACAGUCAAGAGCACAGCAACAGACUGCAGCAUGAAGUGAGUUUACUACAACAGCAGCUCACUGAGAGCAGACAACUGCUUCACUCCCUUCAGUGUGAACUACAGCUGCACGAGCGCGUGUGGAGAGAAAGAAAGAGCGCCCCCACAGGAUAUGCAUGUGAGGUGCAGUACCCGUCAGUGGAAUUGCGGGAGGUGUUAUUGGAGGUUGGGGCUCUGAGGGUCCAGCUGGAGCACAGCGUCCAGGAGAACAGUGCUCUCCGUCUUCAGCUGCAGAAACAGUUGGAUCAGUUUGUCGAGCUGCGUCCCUCUCCCAUAUUUCCUGUCAGCCCGCUGAGAGAUGCGCUUUACCGCAGACAGUUACUGCACGACCCGUCUCCCUCUCCUCCGGUCAGAGACGUCGGCCCUUUUCCAUCUGGACUUCUGCACUCUCCGUUCUCAGAGCUGGAGGAGAACGCUGUGAACACGACUGACUCACUGGAGUGUCACAGCGAUCUGGAAGGAGAAGCUCCGGAUGGCUCGUUUGCCAACCGUAACGGGCGUCAUGUGAUCGGCCAUGUGGACGACUACAGCGCGCUGCAGCAGCAGGUGCUGGAGGGAAGCGGGUUGGUUCGGCGGAUGGAGGCUGUGCUUCAGUCCUGCCUCAACAGCGCACUGCUGGAGAUCAACAGCGGCAAGAUGCUGGAAUAUGAGGCAGUAAGGACGUUGCUCUCCGACACCAAGACUUUGCGCCAGAUUCUGGACGAGGCUGCGUCUCUUCUCAAGAUGUUUUGGCGUGCAGCGCUUCCGAGCAGCGACGGGCCCACCCAUCUCACCCAGAAGCAACAGUCCAUGCGCAAUGAGAUCCAGUCACUGCAUGUGAGGAUCGCGGAGCAGGAGGAAGUUCUGCAAGGUACCAUCCAGCGCUUGAGAAACAACAACCGCACUAAAGAGAGCAUGGAGGCUUUCAUUGUUAACCAGCUGUCCAGGACUCGAGAUGUCUUGAAGAAAGCCAGAGCCAAUCUAGAGGAAAAAGCUUCACAGGCGUCUAUGCAGGGCGUUCUGAUUGGGCUCUUGUGACCCCCUCACGUUCAGAGAUCACCAUGACAACAGCCAAUCAACAGCCAAUCAAGAAAAGCUGCAGGGGUGUGUUACAUUAAAGCAUCCCACCCAUCAUAGCCUCUCCUCUUUAACGAUCUCAUUUUGUCCUCUGUACUUUCAGAAUAGGCAUGAAGUUUUUCUCUUGAAAAAUUAAUGUUUUACACUUUUGUUGCCAUAGAAUGUGUGUGGUUAUCACGAUAAACAGUGGACUGUUACGAGUAUUGGUGUCCUAUAUAAAUAUCUGCACUUCUGCCGCUCUGAGACACCAAGAGACCUGCCGUGAAAUUACCUCCCAUCUCUCUAAGAGUUUUAUGCAAAAGCAAAGUAACAGAGCCCUGUUGCAAGAAACCCCUUAGAGUAAGGAAGCCCUUCCUUUUAAUUGUUACAGUAUUGUUGUUGAGGGGUUUCUUGCAAGCUGGCCCAGACCCUGCCGGUUUGAUCUACAUUUACAUUUACAUUUAGUCAUGUGGCAGACGCUUUUAUCCAAAGCGACUUACAGUGCACUUAUUACAGGGACAAUCCCCCUGGAGCAACAUGGAGUAAAGUGUCUUGCUCAAGGACACACUGGUGGUGGCUGCUGGGAUCGAACCAGCAACCUUUGAUUUACCAGUUCAGUUGUUUAACCCACUAGACCACCAUCUCCUGUGGUCUGCAUUAACCUGAACUAACGCAUGUGCAAUAAGACGUUUGGAUUCCUGCUAAAUGAUGUACUGCUUUCACAUGCUUGACACUAUUCUUCAGUACGAAAUGGUAUGUUUGGUAUUUGCAUGGCGAGAGUGAAAUAAAAGUAAACAAGCAGCAGUUUUUGUGAGGUUCACCAGAACGUGCCAAAGUUUGGAUGGGUAAUUUCCCUUAACACUGACAUUUCUGGAGGUUUAUUUGCUGAUGCCUGCAUGUAAACUGACUUUAAUAACUCUUUCAGCUUGAUUAAGCUGGUGAAAUUGUUUAUAAAUAACCUGUUCUUAAAUAAAUGGGUUCACACUUUAGAAAUCUGCAAAUUUCCACAGUUAAAUGUAUGUUAUGUACUUGGAAUAAGUGUGCUUUAAUAUAUGACAGCCCUUGUGCAUAUCUAACCCAUGGCAGUGUUGUAGACACGACAAACUUUGGCAUGAUUUCGGUGGGACCAGUUUCAGAUAUUACAAUUAAAAGGCCAAUGGAAGGCAUUAGAUGUGUGCUGUGCAAUCUUACUGCUUUAAUAGAUGUACAUACAGUAUAUGACUGUUAUAUAUGUGGUUCACUAUGUUUGCGAUGUGCUACAAGCCAUUUUCAAAACAUUGGAAGCUGUGCAACGGCCAACUUAUCAUGCAUUACGAUAACUUUACACAUUGUGUACGGGCAAUUUAUUGCACCAAUCAAAACAUCACUUGUGAAUUGCCUAAAGCGUUUUGGAGUUGUCUUUGCAUUCAUUUGAUCAAAAAGAAGAAAAAACACUCAAGCUCACAAGCAACAUCACUAGUCCAUUCUGCUUUGCCUUUUCACGGCCAUACAUUUCAGCAAACACUUUGUAGCGAGAAGUGCAAUAUCAGUGUUAGUGUGAAUGCCAUGUUUGGCCUUGUAUCAGAGACAAAAAACAAACAAAUGGUUUUAAAAGCAACCACAAGUCUUAAUAAAAUGAAUGUUUUGGAAAACAUGCUAAAGCUUAUAAAGAUGAGCAAAUGUUGGUUAAGAAACUAAACUGUAUAGGAUGUAUAUAGUGCUUAAAUUGUUUAAUAGGACUUAAUUGUUGUCAUAGUUGCAUAUGAUUGUGUAAUGUAAUAAAAGGUACCGACACAAGAGUCAAUGCGACUCUGAGUCUGAAGCUAACAAAUAUGUUGCAUUAUGAAAGCUGCU